UCGCCGUAAUCUAACCAAGUUGGGCACUUCUUGGGACGUUGGUGACGUUUCGCUUAUCCGAGCGGCGAAACGCCCUCCAGAAGAUGCCUGAGUCAAUAAAUAUUCACAGCGGCUUGGAGACUCAAGACUGUGACCAGAACACCAGGCAAAUCCAGCUCUCGAGUAGUCCAACGCGGCUUCAGGUCUGUCUCAUAAGCAUCCAGUGUAGGCUGGAUAUCGAAACCUAUACCUACAAAGACCAAGUUAGGCACAAAAUUCGGUACCGCCGUGUCCGAUGAGUUUUGCCCCUUUUGCAAAUUCAGUUCUGAAACCCCGAACACAACCCGAAAAUAGCUUGAGGCUUCCUACUUCAUACUCCUUCGUCGCCUCCGCUAUGAGCUACAUUUCGGCAGAUUCGCCCAAGAUGGGUGAGGCCGAGCACUACAAUGCGCUGGUACAGGAGACGUCCAAGGCCGUGGCCCAGUUCAACCAGGUCACGCGCAACAUCUCGCAGAAGAUGACGCUGUUCGGCACGCCACAAGAUUCGCGCGCCAACCACCAGCAACUUACAGAGCUCACGGACCGCGGCAACAAGCUCGUUGCCAAAAUUAACCGCCGACUGCAGGAAUUAGACAAGGGAGCUAAGGCUGCAGGUGGGCGUGCGCGCAGGACGCAGGUGGCUAAGCUGUCCACGGACUACAAGAACCAGCUCAAGAGCUUUGAGGAGACGUGUCAGAAGCUACUGGCCGCCGAGCGUGCCGCCGUGUCAAACCUCCGGCAGUCGUCACUUUCCUUCCGCUCGGAUGACGACCAGAAGCCUGCGGGUUUCGACGGAUAUAACGAGGACCAGAUCUAUGCGCAGGCCAACGUGACCAGUUACAACGAAGAUGACCUGGUACGACGGGAGGAGGAUAUUCUUAAGAUCAACCAACAGCUGCAUGAAGUUAACGCGGCGUACCAGGAAGUUGAUGGGCUUGUGCAGGACCAGGGCGAGAUUGUUGGUGCGUUGCCUUCGAGUUUAUACUUCUUAUUGCAGCUGGUACUGAUGUUUUGGCUGAAUCGUUUGUAUUUGUGCAGUGAACAUCGAGGAGAACACGAACGCAGCUCAGGAGAACACCCAGGGCGCGCUGCACAACGUGCGGGAGGCCGACCGUAAACGUGGCCUCUGUAAGUGCUCCAAGACGAAACUUAUCUGCAUUGGCAUCUUCGCGCUUGUGGUUAUUGCUGCUUUGAUCGCGAUCCUGACGGCGGUCAAAUAAGGCGGCAAAGUUUUUGACACAAAACUGAGGCGCUACGGCUGCAGAAUGCAGCAAAGUUACAACCCGCCGUCUCAAGACAACUUAGCAGGUAUUCUCCUCAUUUAUAACUUUUUGAUUCAUCUUCCAAGCGGACUUUUGCAAUGUGGUUGUGACGAUUUAACAUGGGGCAUCGAAACAUGUGCACCUCCUGCACAUUUACUUGAUGAUAACCACGCAGAAUGAUGGUUUACAUAUGUAGCCAUUAAGUUCUCAAUCUCGUUACCU